AUGAUUCACUAUCCCGAUGACAAAUCUAACAACCCGUACGGAACCUAUCUGGAGCCCCCUGUCCCGGCUCCUCAGCAGCAACAGAAUCAAUACCAGAUACCUUUAGGCUCACCCCCUGCAUACACCGAGGAGGCAUCUUAUGCUCCGCGUGAUAGCACGUAUCAGGAGUACAACCCUCAGCCGCAAACAUACCAAGCGCCUCCGGGAUCAGUAUCCCACCUUCCUCCAGGAUAUCAAGGAGAUCAGGCACCACCAGCAACUGGUCAUGAUGACCGAACAGGCGGGGAAUGCCCAGCAUACCAGGGGGCUUCCCCAGGAGCUAGGGAUCCAUACGACCAUAACAGGGCAGGAUCAUCAAAUUAUCCUUUAUAUCAGCCAAACAACAGUGUUAGCCCAUACAACCAGACUGCAGGCGCUGUGCCACAAGAUCGUGUACCUUCCCCAAAUGGCGAGAGUAGAGGGUUGUCCCUGGCUUCAUUCUUUGGUAGCACGGGUCCUCCGCCAAUGUGGCAACGUCAGCCGCCUCAGCAUCUGCGUUACGAUCAGUUCCCUCCCCUGUGUCUCAUCUCAAAAAAAACGGAGCUGAGCAAAGGCUUCCCUGAGGUAGCUCCCCCAUGCCAACUGUGUGUUCACCCAUUUGCGACGCAUGAUAUCUCAAAGGAGGAUUGGAAACGAUUCCUGGCAGACAUCAAGAAAGCAGGUUCGUUAUCUGCAGGACAACGCAUCAAAUCGAAUGCCAUACCCCUUAUAACAGGCGCCAGUCUUAUUGGCGGGUUCCUCAUGACUGGAGGCAUCGAGAAACGAAUGAAAGCGAAUAAUCGCAAUGCGGCGGGAGACGUCGUUGAUAACUGGAACCAGUACUUCUUCGGACCUCGCAGAAUGGAGGCCGUUCUCUGGCAAGGGUCAGAGCGCUUAAGCGGCCGUGAGGGAGCGGCCCCGCUUGGUGAUUAUAGCCAACUCCGCACGGCAAAUGGCCUCCGUCGCCGAGCCUCAAGCUCCUCGUCUUCUUCUUCGUCUUCCUCAUCAGAUUCCGAGGAUGACAGGAGCCGCAAUCAGCAUGAAUUCGGGUCGUCUGCAUCCCGCAAGUUUGAUAAAAGACAACGCCGUGCCGCGAGAAGGCAGGCUAAGACUGAGAAACGCCAGGAGAAACGCGCUCGUAAGGCAGAACGUCGCAGUGGUAAGGCCCGUAUGGAACAUUCAGAGCCUUACCAUCUUUUCAUUCAAGCUAUCUAG